GAGGCCCCGGAGGGUCCCGCCUCCGCUGGCCCCGCCCCCUCGCGCAGGCGCGCUGCCUCCUUGGAGCCGCGGCCGAGGCGUCCCCGUGCCGGGCGGGAGGUGCUCCACCGGGCGCCGUUGGGCGGGCUGCAGAAGGCCGAGUCCCUUAGAGACACAGCCCUCUGAAAUUAAUGAACCAACAUGCUUGGCAGAAGACCUAAGAAAAGCCCUCAGGCAAAGGGCCAGGGAGCUGCAGUUGCAAAGCAGCUGGGGCUUUUUGUAGACUUCAGUCCAGAAGAGAUGCUGCUGGCUGCAGAGGAUGGUGGGGAUGAUGGGGACCUUGAAGCAGAGCUUGCAGCUAUCACAGGAGUGAAAGUGAAAGAAGAGAAGUCAAAGCCAAAAGUGAAAACUCCUCUGCCAAUGGAUCAUAUUGAAAAGAUGGCUGCAGAAUGUAUGAAGGACCUGAAUGAAGAUGAGGAAGACGAAGCAGAUGAUGAAGACUUAGAGAAAGAUACAGACCUGUUGGCAGAAUUGCAGGAAGUUCUGGAAGGUGGGACGGAAUGCUGUGAGGAUGAAACAACAGCAAUGGAGCCAUCCACUGCUGAACCAGAAAAUGAGGAACCAGAACUGCAGCCACAGACCACCUCACUUCCUGCUGUUACCAGUGAGCUGCAACAGACAAUAGAGAAGAGGCUUGCUAACUAUAGGACAGCAAUUGCUAACGCAAAGGAGUCGGGUGAGUCGGCCAAAAUACGCCGAUACGAAAGAGGCCUUAAGACACUAGAAACCAUGCUGGCUGCAGUGAAGAAAGGCAAAAAAAUCAAUGAGGAAGAAAUGCCACCUCCUGUUGCAACAGGAAAGAGUUCUUCUCACUUAUCCCAAGGUACAGGAGUGGAGCUGGAGAAUACAGGAGAUUCAGUUGGUGACCUACUGGAGAAUAAAGCUGAGUCUGCUGCAGAUGAUGAGCAGAAGACCCCUCAUGAAGCAGUGCAACAUGUGGAAUCAGAGUCUCUACAGGGUCAUGAUGCUUCUAGUCCUACUGCGGAAACAGAUCUCCAGAAGAGCAGCACACGAGCAAUACUACUUAUGAGGCAGAAGGAGUAUAAAUUAGCAGCUCUGAAAGCCAAGCAGCAAGGGGACCUGGAGAAAGCAAAGGAAUACAUGAAGGCAGGCAAGAAAUUUAAUGUGGUCUUGGAAGCUUUGGACAGUGGGCAGCCAAUAGACCUGGAGAAUAUGCCUCCAUCUCCUCAGGAUCUUGAGAGCCUAGGAAACGGACAAGGUGCAUCCAAGCAAAAGGUACCUGCUCCAGUGGGAAGUUCCCAGGAUCUUAAACUACCUGAACCUCACACCCGAGAAGCUUCAGCUUCCCUGCAGCAGCCAAAAACAGUGCUGGAAGCAUUGCAGCAAAGGCUUGAGAAAUACAAGUCAGCAGCAGCACAGGCUAAAGCAAGUGGGGAUGACCGGAAAGGCAGGAUGCACGAGAGAAUAGCCAAGCAAUACCAGGACGCCAUAAGAGCCCAUAAAGCAGGGAGAAAAGUGAAUUUUUCUGAGCUACCUGUUCCUCCUGGAUUUCCCCCUCUUCCUGGUGUUGCAGGAGCGGAUGGUGACAGCUCAAUAGCUGCUGUUCUGGAAAGUGCUGGCAAGCUGGCAAACAUGGAGGAGAAUGAAGAUGAUGAGGAGGCUGAACCUCUGGUACAGGCCCCUGUUGCCAAGAAGCCUGCUCAGCUGCCUGCAAAGCCGACUCAAGUUGUUAAGCCAAUUACAGUGCCAUCUGCUGUAGCUGGGGAGGAGAGCUCUCCUGAGCAUGUGAAACGAGCUUCAUCACCUUCCACCCUGCAUAAGGCAGAGUCAAUGGAUCACCUCCCUCCAGCUGUGAGGGAACAGCUGGAAUUUCUGGAGAACAGAAAGAAACAAUACAUAAGAGCAGCCAUCAAAGCAAAGAAGGAAAAUAACCUUGAACAGGCCAAGAUGUAUCUCAGGACAUCCAAGAGCUUUGACAUAAAGAUUCAGCAAGCAAAAUGUGGCAAACCUGUUGAUAUUUCCAAGCUGCCAUCACCCCCUACAGAUGACGAGGGUGAUUUUAUCUUCAUACACCAUGAAGAUGUCAGACUGUCUCAGAAAGCAGAUGAAGUGUAUGCGCAGCUCAUAAAGCUGCUGAAAGACCAAUACGAGAGGUGUCUGCAGUAUUCCAAGCAAUUCAUGCAUCUGGGAAAUGUAGCAGAAACGACUCGGUUUGAGAAAAUGGCACAAGGUUGUAGAAAGGACAUGGACAUCCUGCAGCUUGCACGAGCACAAGGAAUGGAGCCUCCAAGCCAUCACUUUGAAGAAAGAACCUUCAAGAUGAUAAGGAUAUUUUCUGAGCUCAACAGCACAGAAAUGCACCUUUUCAUUGUCAGGGGGAUAAACCUACCAGCUCCACCAGGUGUAUCACCGAGAGAUUUGGAUCCCUUUGUGAAGUUUGAAUUCCAGUACCCGAGCGCGGAGCAACCUCAGAAGAGUAAAACACCUGUAAUAAACAACAACAAUUCUCCAGAAUAUAACCAGUUGUUCAAGUUGAACAUCAACCGAAAUCACCGAGGUUUCCGGCGAGCAAUUCGAUCCAAAGGGAUUAAGUUUGAAGUGUUUCAUAAAGGGUCCUUUUUCAGAAGCGACAAGCAAGUGGGAACAGCACACUUGAAACUGGAGAAGCUGGAGUCAGAAUGUGAAGUCAGAGAGAUCAUCGAGAUUUUUGAUGGCAGAAAGCCCACUGGAGGCAAACUGGAGGUGAAAGUGAGACUCAGGGAGCCCCUCAGCGGUCAAGAUCUUCAAACAGUUACAGAAAACUGGCUGGUCCUUGAGCAUUAGCUCUGCCUGAGCUCCACUGGCAAGUUAAAAGAUGUGGGAUGAACGUCUGCAGAGAGAUGCUGCUAGCUGCAAGCACCAAAGAUGUUAAAUGAAUGCACUACUGAA